ACAAUGGGGAAAUAGUUGUAAACGUUUUACAGAAUCAUUGCUCUUUCGUUUUAUAUAAACACUACACAAUGGGAAAGAAACAUAAAAAGCACAGAGCCGAAUGGAGGACAGUUGAUGAUUCCGAAAACAAAUCCCUGGAAAAGCCAUUGAAGUUGGUGCUGAAAGUAGGUGGCAACGAGGUCACCGAGCUCUCUGGUUCUGGCCAUGACUCCAGCUACUACGAUGACAGAUCGGACCACGAGCGCCACAAAGACAAGAAGAAGAAAAAGAAGAAAAAGUCAGAAAAGGACAAAGAUAAGCAUGUAGACGACGAGGAGAGGAGGAGGAGAAAGGAGGAGAAGAAGAGGAAGAAGGAGCAGAGAGAGCAGAGUGAGAUUGCUGUUGCUGCUGCUGCUGCUGCUGGUGGUUCUGUUGCCACUGCUACUGCCACAGGUGCCUCCACUGCCCCGGGUGUCCCUGGUGUCCCUGGUGCUGCUGGUUCAAAUGCCCCACUGCCCCCCCUUGUUUUGCCAAGGCCAGUUGAGGUGAGGGCCCAGGACGAGGCCCCGGAGGAGAAAAAACGUAAACGUGAUAAGUUUUACUCGGAAGAAGGUGCUGAGGAAUUCCAUCCCAGGAUUAAGGUUGACGUUGAACAGGCAGGUGACCGGCCAGUUCGAUCCUGCAGGACCCAGUCAGAUAGUGAAUGCACACCAUUUCAGCAGAUCCUAGAGCACUUCAUUCGGCAGCUUCAGAGGAAAGAUCCCAAUGGGUUCUUUGCAUUCCCAGUGACAGAUGUCAUUGCUCCCGGCUACUCCACCAUCAUAAAGCACCCCAUGGACUUCAGCACCAUGAAGGACAAGAUCGCAGCAAACGAAUACAAAACAGUCACAGAGUUCAAGGCUGAUUUCAAACUGAUGUGUGACAACGCCAUGCUGUACAAUCGACCCGAGACAGUGUAUUACAAAGCUGCCAAGAAGUUACUACACACAGGAUUCAAAAUGAUGAGUAAAGAGCGGCUCCUGACCCUGAAGCGCAGCAUGUCCUUCAUGCAUGACAUGGACUUCACACAGCAGGCGGCCAUCUUGGGAGACGAGGAUGUGGCUGCUGAGGAGCCGCAGCCCGUCGUCAUCCCCAUCCCCGUGGAGUCGGCCAAGAAAUCCAAGAAAUCACAAACCCAUCACAAAUCACAAGAGCCCACCAUUAUCAGUGAUAUUUAUGAGCCGGAGGGGAAUGCCUGCAGCCUGACGGACAGCACAGCAGAGGAGCACGUUCUGGCCCUGGUGGAGCAUGCAGCCGAUGAAGCCAGAGAUCGCAUCAACCGCUUCAUGCCCAACUCAAAGAUUGGCUAUCUAAGGAAAGAGGGAGAGGGACUACUGUACACUGUGGUCAAUCAACAGGAACCGGACGCAGAGGAGGAGGAGAUCCAUCCUGUGGACCUGAGUUCGCUGUCAAAUAAGCUCAUGCCUGGUCUGACAGCCCUCGGAUUCAAAGAUGACAGGAGAUAUAAGGUGACGUUCCUGAGCAGUGCAUACAACACGCAGACCCUUCAGAACAACUCCAUCUACCCUGACCUGAUGCCGGAAGAGAUGGAUGUGCUGUACUCUGCCUAUGGGGAUGAGGCGGGAGUGCAGUGUGCCCUCAGUCUCCAGGAGUUUGUGAAAGGCUGUGGAGGAUUCACCAAGAAGCUGGUGGAUGGACUGCUGGAUAAGAUGACUGGCGGGGAUCACUCCAAAGCAGUGCUCCAGAUACGACAGAAACGGAACAUGGCUUCAACACCUGAUGAAACCAAGGGCAACAUCUCUGAUAUGCAGGAUGGAAGUGGUUCAUCUGCAGAGGGUGGCAGCUCCAUGUUGGAUUUCAUGUCAAAGAGCUACCCUGACAUGUCGCUUGAUAUGUCCAUGCUAAAUAAUCUUGGUAAAGUGGUGAAGAAGGAGCCAGAGCAGGAGGAUGGCCAGCCGCACUUUGAGGACACGGCCAAGCUGCUGCAGGACUUCCAGGAGAGCCAGGGGGAGCGCGUGGGCUCCAGGCCCUCCUCAAACCUCUCCUCCCUCUCCAACGCCUCAGACCGCGACCAGCACCACCUGGGGAGUCCGGCACACCUUGGUGUUGGAGAACAGUCGGACAUGAUGCAUGAUCCCUAUGAGUUUCUCCAGUCCCCUGAACCAGGCACGACUGCCAACAGCUGAUGAUGAUGAUGAUGAUGAUGGACUCCAUCUUCUGAUGUAACAUACACUUGUAAAUGGGCUUACUCUGUGCUGUGCUAUAUGUAGCUCUGAAUGGAAUGGACGGAUUUGAAAUAAUGUCAAAUGAGAGUGUUUUUGUGAUUAAAGUUGUACAUAUGUAUUUGUAUUGCCUGGUACCGUUUGACAAUAAAUGCUCCGACAAGCAUUUUUAAACAA